CUCGAUGAUCGUUAUUGAAUUUAGCCCAAAAAACCUUCCCAAAGGCAUCCCAGUAUGACAGAUUUUUUCCCCUCAAGUUCAUCAAGCAACUUGUCGAGCACAAAUAGCAGGACGUUUAACAGUUCGACAAUUUUCCAAGUACUCGAGCGACCAAAAGUCAUAUGCAUCUCUCUACUUCUGCUAUUCCUUAUGCUGUCGUCCAUAAUAGGUAGCUUGGUCAUCUGUUUUACCAUCUUUACGACAAGACGGCUGCACUUUGCAGCAUAUUAUUUUGUAGCUAGUUUGGCUGUCUCGGAUCUGGGAGUUGGAAUCUUUGCUAUUCCUAUCUCUCUGGCUUAUAAUCUAACUUUCGAAAUGAAUGGACGAUGGAUCUUCGGUGUGACCGCCUGUGAUAUUUGGAUUCUCGCCAACUUCUGGUUCAUUUCCGCGUCCAUUUUCAAUUUGUGUGCAGUCACGUGGGAUCGUUACAUAGCAGUGACAACACCCUUGCUUUACGCAUCACGCAUGAGCACACAAUGUGUUAUUAGGAUGAUCACUGGUGCAUGGGCAUUCUCGCUUACCGCUUCUUUUAUUAAUUUUUACGGACUAAAAACCUCCAAGACCCGAAAGCUUUGCGAAAUACAGGGACUUCCGUUCAGCUUUGUGAUGUAUAGUUUUGUCCUCAUUUAUUUGAUUCCUAUUAUAACGAUCGUUUUCGUGAACGCUAAGCUCUGGGUCAUCACUACACGCCAAACAAGCAAAAUCCAAGCACAAAUCGUAUCAUUGACGUUCGUUACGGCUUCCGAUACUACGCAAACAACACGACGCAGAGCUAAACAAAUGAAAGGUAACCUGACUUCAAGAUCCGCCAUUAAGACCUUUCGUACGUUCUUGGUUCUAAUUGGUUCGUUCGUUUGUUGUAUGACGCCAUUUUUUACGGUUCUUCUCUUUGCCUCCCUGUUCGAGUUACCAGGGUUCGUACUGUACGUGGUCGUCAUACUCACCUAUAUGAACAGCGCAACGAAUCCCUGGAUAUAUGGGAUUUCGAACAAAGAAUUCAGAAAACAUGUCGUCUCAGCUUUCCAAAAACGGUUCAGAAGAUCGUCAAAUGUCAAUGCCGUAGAACCCGGGUCAUAAGCCCACCCUAACAGACAUCAUGGACCUUCAGACCGACGAGGAGAUCAAUCGUACAAUCGUACACGACCACGACAACGAAAUGAUAGCCUGCCAAUCUUUGAAAAGUUAAAAACUCCUACUCGUUCUCGUCGUCGGAUCGGUUUAAAGCCUACUCGGUUACGAUCCCCCUUCAUCGAUGGAACACCACUGGGCAGCCUCGUUGAACAUUAACAAUUCGCUCAGACGAUCAUAAUUUUUCUGAGCACAUUCGCUCAGUAAAAAUUCUCAAUGUUACCGUUUCAAGAACUCUAUUGUUCAGUCAACGUCGGACGUUUUUUCGACAGAUAAACAGACCGAGAGAUUUUAUCGGGAGCAUUGCACUGAUCGGUACAUAAACUUGGUC